AUGACUCAAAACAUAUUACCAGUAAAUUUAUGCAACGAAUGCCCAUCAAUAUAUAUUUUCCCUGAUAACGCUAUAAACGAAGAGCCCAUGGAAAUGGAAGAUACUUUAUUGGAAUAUCACGUCCCUACUAUAUUAGACCGUAGAAUAGAACGUCAUAGGCAGCGUCGGGCCAUAUAUGAAAGAGCUGGUCGCCUGCCGAAAACUAGUCUUUCGGCCCUUAGUUCUGGCAGUUCUAGCAGUAGUAGUUCAAGUAGUUCCAACGGGUCUAAUAAUUCUAAUAAAAACUCUACGCGUUCCAAUGAUUCUUCAACCGUAAAUUAA